AAUAUGAACCUUCUAUACCUCUAUCCGAUUUUUUUAUUAAUGAAAGAAAUGAAUAUUAUAAUGAAGAUGCUCCUGAUGAUUUUGUUGAUUCUUAUCAAGAAAUUUCAAAUGAUGCAACUAUACUUACUAACAAUGUUUGUAUAAAAAUCGCUUCUGAAGAUAUUAGUCUAGAUACAACUUUUCUCUCUUGGGAUGAAGUUGAAAACUUCCUUGAGGACUAUGGAUAUCGAAAUGGUUUUGCAAUUAAUAAAUAUCGAAUGGAAAGAAACAAAUCUUCAAAUAUUAUUACUAAAAGGACUUUUACUUGUGAAUUUGGUGGCAAGUUCAAGUCUAAAAAAAAGGAAUCAUCAAUACAAGUUGAAAAACAAAACAAUACCCGAACAAAAAAGUGUUUGUGUCCUUGGCAUAUCAAUUUAACAUUUCCAGAGC